AUGAAUCAAUUAAUAAUAAGCGCAUUCCUUUAUUCAUUGGAUAAAGAGAGACGACCGAUACGAUGUCGAGCUCUUCUUGACACCUGCUCAUCUGCUAACUUCAUAACGGAGAAAUUAGCCACGGCACUACGAUUGCCAAAGAAGAGAUGUUCUGUUCCUGUGGGUGCAUUAAAUAACCUAACAACAGUCGCUAAAGCUGUAGUCAAAAUAACAAUUCGUUCUUUACAUAGCAGUUAUGAAAGAACACUUAGCUUCCUCACGAUUCCACAGAUAUCUGAAUUAGUACCAAAUGAUAUCAUUCUUCAGGAAGUGAUGAAAAUACCUCCGAAUAUACAACUCGCUCAUCCAACAUUUCAUUUGCCAUCAAAAGUGGACAUGCUUCUUGGAUCUGGACCAUCGUUAUCCAUGUUUUGUGGGGAUUCAAUCAUAUUAUCUGAUCGGGCUGGCGAUUUAAUUUUACAAAAAAUUAAACUAGGAUGGAUCGCAGGCGGAAAUGUUAAUUACAUGUCUCUCACAACAUCACGCGCGAUAAAAUGCAAUUUUGCGGAGCUUAGAUCUGAGAUUUCUAAAUUUUGGGCAUUGGAAGAGGGUUUCAGUCAAAUUAAUCUUUCUCCUGAAAAGAUUGCAUGUGAAGAACAUUUUCGUAUUCACACAACUCGUAAUGAUUUAGGUCGAUACAUAGUAGCAUUACCCUUUCGACAAAAUCAUGAGAGAUUAGGAGAAUCACGAUCCGUAGCCUGA